GCAUUAAUUGAGCGCGUAUUUCUUGUUGCAUAAGGGUUGUUGUCUUGCACCGUUUUCUGAUAAAUCAUGGCUGAUGAUGCUGCCAGGAAGUUACAGUUUGAGUAUAAGAUCAACUCAAACUUGGUGCUUUCAACGGAUCGGUCACUAAUUGACAGACGUCCCAGGGAUGAGUCGACCGGCGAAGUGUUAAGCUUAGCAGGCAAAAUUCGUGUGCAGGAGAUGGGACACAAAUCACAAAGAACGAAGCCUCCUAUGUUACAGGAAAAACGAGCAAAACGUCAAAAACGUGAUGAGUCUCAACAGGAUGCCUUGAAAUUAAAAGGGAGCAGUUUAUUGAACGAUGAUUUCGAUGAUAUAGCAGGUAUCAUCUACCGCCCCAAAACACCAGACACCCGAAAGACUUAUGAAUACAUUCUUCACUGCAUUCAAGAAGCCCUUGGGGAUCAAUCACGAGAAAUUCUGUGUGGAGCAGCAGAUGAGGUUAUAGCUACGUCUAAAAACACUCAUUUAAAAGAUAAGGAGAAAAGGAAAGAAACUGAAUCUUUGUUAGGCCCUCUCGUUGAUGAACGGUACAAUAUAAUCGUGAAUUUGUGUAAGAAAAUAACGGACUGGAAAGAAGAAGAACCUGCGUCUGCUGCAGUUUCUAAUGUGAAUGAUAGCAUCGAUCAGACAUAUGGCGUAAACGUUCAGUUCGAGGAAUCAGACCAAGAGGAUGAGGAAGACGCUUUCGGUGAGGUCAAGGAAGAGGAUGAUGAAGAUGAACCGGAAGGGGAAGAAGCUGUAGUUGAGAUGACCUUACAGUCCCGUAAGAAUGAGUCAUCUGCUGCUUCUCAUCAAAAUGCUGAGAAUUUACACCCUCGGGAUAUUGAUGCAUUUUGGUUGCAGCGUAAUCUUGCUAAGCAUUGCAAAGAUCCAAUAGUUGCUCAGGCAAAAGCACGUGAAUGUUUAGAAAUUCUUCAAUCAGCUGUAGAUGAUAGAGAUUUGGAAAAUCGUUUGGUUCGUACUCUAGGUUAUGAACAAUUCGAUUUUGUUAAAAUAUUACGCAAACAUCGACUUAUGAUUUUACAUUGUAUCUUAUUAGCUCAAGCACAAACUGUACAAGAACGUAGUCAAAUGGAGGCUAAAAUGCGUAAUGAUCCUACAUUGGCUAAAGUAUUACAUGAAUUAAGAGAAACAGAAAAUUCCAUGGAUCUUGUAGCUGAAGAACGUCAAAGAAAAAAUGUACAGCGUGUUGUCCGAGUUCAAGCCGAUAUGGAACAUGAAAAUAUGGAAGAUGAAGGAAUUCAAUUAACUGAAGAUGGUGCUAUCGGUAUCGCGAAUAUUGUCGACUUAGAAGGUUUAGUAUUCUCUCAAGGAGGUCAUCUAAUGGCAAAUAAACGAUGUCAACUACCUGAUGGUUCAUUUCGCAAACAAAAAAAAGGUUAUGAAGAAGUGCAUGUACCAGCUUUACGUCAAAAAUCAUCAGAACCAGGUGAAACAUUAAUAAAAAUUGAAAAAUUACCUGCUUAUGCACAAGCUGCAUUUGAAGGUUGUAAAACGCUUAAUUUAAUACAAAGUCGUUUAUAUCAUGCUGCCAUGGAGACAGAUGAAAAUCUUCUAUUAUGUGCUCCUACUGGUGCUGGAAAAACCAAUGUGGCCUUGCUAUGUAUUAUGCAUGAAUUAGGAAAAUUCAUCAAUCCUGAUGGAACAAUAAAUAAAGAUGAAUUUAAACUGAUUUAUAUUGCCCCAAUGAGGUCUCUUGUACAAGAAGUUGUAGGUAAUUUUAAUAAGCUGUUAAGCAGUUAUGGUAUUAAAGUAGACGAACUUACUGGUGAUCAUCAACUUAGCCGUGAACAAAUUUAUGAAACACAAGUGAUUGUAUGCACACCAGAGAAAUGGGAUGUGAUUACACGUCGUGGUGGAGAUGAACGUGCUUAUAUACAAUUAGUUAGACUAAUUAUAUUCGAUGAAAUUCAUUUAUUACAUGAUGAUCGAGGUCCAAUACUUGAAGCUAUUGUUGCUCGAACACUACGUGCUGUGGAGAGCACAUCUGGUUUAGCUGUAUCUAAUGAUAUAGGUGGUGGUGGUGGUGUUCGUCUUGUUGGAUUGAGUGCAACACUACCAAAUUAUGAAGAUGUAGCAACAUUUCUACGAGUUGACUGUUCAAAAGGCUUAUUCUAUUUUGACAACAGCUAUCGUCCUGUACCACUAGAACAACAAUAUAUUGGGAUAACUGAAAAGAAAGCCGUUAAACGCUAUCAAAUAAUGAAUGAUAUAGUCUAUGAUAAAGUGAUGGAACACGCUGGACGUAAUCAGAUAUUAAUAUUUGUGCAUAGUCGUAAAGAAACUGGUAAAACAGCACGUGCACUAAGAGAUGCAUGCUUGGAAAAAGAUACACUUGGUAUAUUUAUGAAAGAGAAAAAUGCAUCUGCUGUUGUACUACGUCAAGAAGCUGAACAAGUGAAAAAUUUUGAGCUAAAAGAUUUACUUCCUUAUGGUUUUGGUAUUCAUCAUGCUGGUAUGAGUCGUGUUGAUCGUACUCUAGUUGAAGAUUUAUUCGCUGAUCGACAUAUUCAAGUUUUAGUCUCUACUGCCACAUUGGCAUGGGGUGUUAAUCUGCCUGCACAUACAGUGUUAAUUAAAGGAACACAGAUAUAUAGUCCUGAAAAAGGUCGUUGGACAGAAUUAGGUGCUUUGGAUGUUAUGCAAAUGCUUGGACGUGCUGGUCGUCCACAAUAUGAUACUAAAGGUGAAGGUAUACUAAUUACAAAUCAUACAGAAUUACAAUAUUAUCUAAGUUUAAUGAAUCAACAACUUCCAAUUGAAAGUCAAUUAAUUUCACGUUUAGCUGAUUUAUUAAAUGCUGAAAUUGUUUUGGGUACAGUAACAACUAUUCGUGAAGCAGUUACUUGGCUAGGAUAUACUUAUCUUUAUAUUCGUAUGCUACGUAAUCCAAGUUUAUAUGGUGUCCCAUAUGGUAGUGAAAAAAAUGAUCCAUGGCUUGAACAAUAUCGUCGAGAUUUAGUGCAUACAGCAGCUAUCGAAUUAGAAAGAUCACAAUUAAUACGUUAUGAUCGACGUUCUGGAUGUUUACAGUCUACUGAACUUGGUCGAAUUGCAUCACAUUAUUAUCUUACACAUUCAACUGUAUUAUCAUAUAAUAAAUUACUUCGACCAGGUUUAGGUGAAAUUGAAUUAUUUCGUGUAUUUUCUGCCAGUUCUGAAUUCAAGUAUAUGACUGUUAGACAAGAAGAACGAUUUGAAUUAGCUAAACUACUUGAACGUGUCCCAAUUCCAAUUAAAGAAUCACCUGAAGAACCUUCAGCUAAAAUCAAUUGCCUUUUACAAGCUUAUAUCUCUGGUUUAAAAUUAGAAGGAUUCUCUUUAAUGUCUGAUAUGGUUUAUAUUACACAAUCAGCUGGUCGACUUGUACGAGCUAUCUUUGAAAUUGUACUAUAUCGUGGUUGGGCUGAAUUAGCUGAUAAUGCACUUACAUUAGCAAAAAUGAUUGAACGAAGAAUGUGGGAAUCAAUGUGUCCAUUACGUCAAUUUAAAAAGUUACCUGAUGAAGUAAUUCGUAAAUUAGAAAAGAAGUCAAUAUCAUUUGAUCGUCUAUAUGAUAUGAAUCAUCAUGAAUUAGGUGAAUUAGUAAGAUUACCUAAAUUAGGUAGACCAUUGCAUAAAUAUCUACAUCAAUUGCCUCGUCUAGAAAUGAGUGUUCAUGUUCAACCAAUUACAAGAUCAGCAUUACGUGUUGAAUUAACUUUAACACCAGAUUUUAUAUGGGAUGAAAAAGUACAUUCAACAAAUCAAGCAUUUUGGAUAUUUGUUGAAGAUGUUGAUGGGAAUAGUGUAUUACAUUAUGAAUUUUUUGUAUUAAAACAACGUUAUGCAACAGAAGAGCAUAUUUUACGAUUUAUUGUACCAAUAUUUGAUCCAUUACCACCUCAUUAUUAUAUAACAGCUGUAUCAGAUCGUUGGAUUGGUGGAGAAGUCACCUUACCAGUAUCAUUUCGACAUUUAAUUCUUCCAGAGAAAACAAUACCACCUACUGAAUUGUUAGAUUUACAACCGCUUCCAGUGACAGCUUUAAGAAAUAAAGAUUUUGAAGCAUUAUACGCUGAUCGUAUUAAAGUGUUCAAUCCUAUACAAACACAGGUUUUUAAUUCACUGUACAAUUCCGAUGAAAAUGUUUUGAUAGCAGCUCCAACAGGCAGUGGGAAAACAGUUUGUGCUGAAUUGGCAAUAUUUCGUUUGAUAACAACUUACAGCGCCAAUUCGAUGAGUCAAUCUGAAUCAACUGGUACAUCUGCUAACUUUCGUUGUAUAUAUGUUUUACCACCACAUGAAGAACAAGUAGAACAACGUUAUAUUGAUUGGGUUAGUCGAUUCGGUGAAAAAUUAGGCAAACGUGUUGUUCGACUAACUGGAGAGACAUCAGUUGACUUAAAGCUGUUGGCUCGUGGAAAUAUAAUCGUUACUACACCAGAACAUUGGGAUGUUCUCUCUAGACGAUGGAAACAGCGUAAAAAUGUACAAAAUGUUAAUUUAUUUAUUGCAGACAAUUUACACUUAAUUGGUUCUGAAGGUGGAUCAAUACUUGAAGUAGUCUGUUCAAGAAUGCGUUAUAUCAGUAGUCAAGUGGAUAAUCCGAUUCGUAUAAUUGGCUUAUCUCAUAGUCUUACGAAUGGUCGUGAUGUUGCCAGUUGGCUUGGUUGUACUUCUGGUGCAACAUACAACUUUCCUCCUACUACUAGACCAAUUCCAUUAGAAUUAACUGUUAUGCCAUUCAAUAUUCCACAUCAAGCAUCUCGUCUUUUAGCAAUGACUAAACCUGUUUAUCAACUGAUAACACGUUUGGCGUUUGUUCCAAGUCCUACAGGCAGUUUACAGCAUUCUCAGCGUAAACCGACUUUGGUUUAUGUUCCAACUCGACGUCAAGCCCAACGCGCUGCACUUGAUUUGAUAACAAUGUUUACUGCUAGUAAUGCAAUAUCCUCCUCGAAAUUUCAAGCUAUUUCAGGACAUUUAGAAGAGGCUCUUUCUCGUGCUGCUGAUCAAUUAGCAGAUAAAGCAUUAGCUGAAGUUAUUCGUCAUGGUGGUGGUAUAGCUUAUUUGCAUGAAGCUAUAUCAAAACCGGAUCGUCGAUUGAUUGAAGUUUUAUUCGCUGCAGGUGCAUUGCAUACCUUAGUUGUAUCUCAUGCUCUUAUAUGGGCUGCAGCUUCACCGAAUCCUCUAUCAGCUUACCUUGUAAUUGUUAUGGAUACACAAGAUUACAAUGGUAAGAUUCAUGCAUACGAAGAUUAUCCAAUAGUUGAUCUGAUUGAAAUAUUAGGUCAUGCAAAUCGACCUAAUAUUGAUAGUGAAGCUAAAGCUGUUGUAUUAUGUCAAGCAGGAAAGAAAGAAUUCUUAAAAAAAUUUCUUCAUGAUCCAUUACCAGUUGAAUCACAUUUAGAUCAUGCACUACAUGACCAUUUCAAUGCUGAAGUUGUCACUAAAACGAUUGAAAAUAAACAAGAUGCUGUGGAUUAUUUAACCUGGACUUUUCUGUAUCAACGUAUGACACAGAAUCCAAAUUAUUAUAAUUUACAGGUAAAUUUUUAAUAUUUUCAUUUGUUAUUCGAAAGUUAAAUUAUGCACUAAUGGUACCAUUAGUAGUACUGCAUAGCACUGGGCUGGUAAUAAUGUAUCCUCAAAGAUAGAGCGUGUAUGAAGAGAUUAAUUGGUUUCGAUAGCCUUAUCCAAUUAUUUUCUGUUUAUUAGAAAACAAACAUAUAUAGCAAUGCGACUUAAAAAUGCACUACACAAGGUGAUAUAACAACAUUAUGACCGCCACUGGUUUCAUUUCUGAGCCACUGAGUUGCUUGAUCUAUCGAACCUUACCCAGAGAGUCGUGUUGGACUAGCAAAUGCUAACCCAAUACAACUACCCUUCAUCCUACGGUGCUGCGUCAUACACUGACCACCUCUCCACUUCUUCUAUCCAGUCCUAUGGUUAGCAAACAAUGAACGUCGUAGAAGCCGUUAGGACGAUAUGCGUAAAACAUGUCCAAGCCACCGAAACCAGUGUUUCCAGAUGAUUUCAUUUAUUGAAUGAUGAUCUCUGUUAUGCGUAAACACACACUAUCGUACCUCAGAAUUACUUACAUGGUGUUGUCACUGCAUACGAGCAAUCCUAUGGAGAUAACGGUGGUCGAACACUCAGAGUUAUCGGAGAUAGGUUAGCUUGGAGAGGCCAAGUUUCACAGAGGCGUAGAGCAGAAUUGCUCAUACCGAAGCGUUGUGAAUUCGAUGUUUUACAGUCAGACUAACAGUGCCAAAGGUGGCCCAGAUUGACAUAUGCCAGUAUGGCUUUCGAUAUGCUGUUAGAAAUUUCACCACUCACACAACUACCCUGAUACACAAAAUUUUCGACUACUUUCAACGACUCACCACCAAGGGUGAGCUCAGAUACAGACUCCUGCCAAUCUUACAAGAGUACUUUGCACUUUAAUGGUACAAAACAUAUACCAUACUUAUGAAUACUAAGUACACUUAGAUUGAAGGUAUUUGUCUAAGAAAAGUUAACAUCAGUAAUAGGCAAUAUGUUGUCUGCUCAUAACCCGGAUUGAUAGGUUGAAUUUAGUAGACAAAUUCAAUUUUCAUUAUGUUAUCUUUACUAUGGUGUAUAAAUCAAGUUUAGAAACUUGAAUCAUAAAAACUCCCUGUUUAUUAUGUGAAGAAAUUAUUCCUUUAGUGUAUAAGGAAGAGAAUGCAUAACUGAUUAUAUUGUAUACAUCAUUUCAUGGAAAUCAAAUCUUGUAAUUGUCUUGGCUAUACCAUUUCUUUUAAUGUAAUCUGUGCUCUUGUAAUAAUAGUACGGAGAUGUUAUUCAAAAAUUGAUUCUUAGGCAAAUUAUAUGAAUUAUUUCUUGUUACUGUAUAGUAAGUAGCAUAGAAUUGAACAGAUAUGAUGUCUAUACGACUGAUUUUCAUUUUCUCAGCUUAUCAUCAUUAUUGGUGUUGUUUUUGAAAGCCAAUAGUUUUCAUGAUCUUCUUAACGUUUAAGUCUAUACUGCUUUUGUAAGUAUCAUCUAGAUAACUGAGUCAAUAGAAACUGUAACAUUUUAAACACGUAUUCCUAUUGUCAUACAUCAUCAUCAUCAUUAUCAACAUAGGACCAGGCAUUACUGCGUAACGGUCCGAGUUGCCACACCUCAUAUCAGCACAUCAAGUAAAAAGGUAGUGAGGUGAAGGAUGAAGAUAAGUGAAUGCAGUCAAAAGAAAUAUAAAGUACGAGAAGAAAGGAAAGAGGAGUGACAAAAUAGUGAGAUUCGGUAUAGCAUUGUUAAGAUGAGGAUAAUGUGUGUGUAUACAUCUGCGCCACUGACUUCGGUUCUGAGCCAUAUCACCUAGGGUCUGCAACCACUGGCUCCUCUUGUCCCGUGGACCCCAACCACCUAGUCUGCAUCGUCGUACAUGGCUUAAACCAACAGUCAGAGACUUCAUACAUUGGUGCCAUGUUUUAGUCUGGCCACCUCGGGCCUUUUUCCAGCCUGGACCCACCUCAGCCAACAUUGUGUGACGAGGCAAUCGGUGACUACGCAUACGUAGUACGUGUCCCAACCAUCUCAGUUGAUGAAGGUUCACAACCUCGUCGACUGACUUACCUCUUCUCCCCAAAACUCUACACCUGACUUCUGCAUUACUCACUCACAUGGUGACACCUAUUGUCAUACUAAUUUCAUAAACUUGUGAUUUUUAUAAAUUUUCUUUCUCCUCAUUUAGGGUGUAACACAUCGACAUUUAAGUGAUCAUUUAAGUGAACUAGUUGAGACAACAUUGAAUGAUUUAGAGACAUCAAAGUGUAUUGCUGUAGAAGAUGGUAUUGAUUUGUCACCAUUAAAUCUUGGUAUGAUAUCAGCUUACUAUUAUAUUCAAUAUAAUACUAUAGGUAAGUAGUCUAUUGUAUACAGUUUUAUUAUUCAUUUGUAUAUUGUCUUCAUUAUGUAUUAAGGAUUUUUGUAUUGACUACAGUUAUCGCUUCAUAUUUACUCCAUCCUUAAGAUUUGCUAGAUAAGUUGAAAGUUGUACUGGGUACACUGUCAGUUUACAGUAACUGUUUCGUGAAAUAUUUUAAAAACUUGUUAACCCUAAAAAUCACUGUAUUAUAUACUUGGGUGAUCAUCAUUAAUAUCAACACAGGACCAGGUAUUACGGCGUAACGGUUCGAGUUACCACACUUCAUAUCACUACACCAAGUAAAAAGGCAGUAAGGCGCAAGAUAAAGAAAAGAUAGUUCAAUCAAAAUAAAUAUAAAGUACG